UGUCGUAUGCAAAUCCUGAUGUCGUUUUGGAGAAGUUAUAAUUAACUAAUGGUAAGUGUAAUAAGUACAAUCAUGGCCAAUUAAUUUUUUCAUCCGCAAGUGGUAAUAGCCACUGGCUCUAUGCUUUGUACUUGUACAGUACUAUAGUGGUGUUUGGAGAUAAUGAUCAAGAUAGCUACGACAUAUCUAUCCUAUCGCUAUCAGCACGCACUUCAUAAGUAACCGAUUCCAAAAGCAUCUGUAGCUUCAGUCAUCGAACUGCACUAUCAUCAUUCGAUUUUGUUGCGUUUUGUUUUCCUUCGCGCCAGUUUUUUGUUGUUGAAAAGUUUGUUUAUUUUCCGGCGUUUUUUAUAUUUACCAACAUGAUUCCCAGCACUUUCAUUCUGGCAUCUCUGUUUUUCUGUUACUUCGGGUUUGAGCGUGUUGGAGGGACGGGUGUGUUUCUUGUCGAUAUGAGUCGUUUGGCUGACGACUGGACACCAGCGGCCCUGUGCCGUGCUGACUGUUUGGAUACUCUAGGCAAGAUAUUUGGAACAACCACUGUGCAGGGCUGCAUCGGACCAUUCCAGGAAUGCGGAAGUUGUUGGGAUGAAUGCGCUUGCGCUCAUUUCAAUCCUUUGCCCAGAUGGCCAGUGUGCUUUUCGGACGAUGACUGCUAUGCGGGAUGUCGUCGGGCUCGCUCGUUCGUCGGUCAGAGUGGGAAACAUCGCCCCAACAACGGAGGCAUUGAACAGGGAAAAAGCGGGCAAGAAUACAUCCCCAUCUGGCGUGUUAUCUCCAGCGCGGUUUUGGACGGUUCUGUCGUUCGGAUUAAUACGACCGUGGUGGAUCAGCAUGGAAAUAAGUACGCUGCGCCGCAGCCACAUUUGAUAUUCAGUGUGUCUUUCAAAGACUCCAACGGGACUUGGAUUCAGUUGUCACAGGAGGUGAAUUUCCUUUACAACAUCUCUCUGCCUGUUGCUUCGAAAUGCCAUGGAGGAUGUGAUUUACGAGUCGUGGUGGUGAACCGUUCGACUAUAGUUGCGGAUUCCGUUUUCAGGCUGAGGGCUCCGUUUAGACUGACCAUUGUCCCCAGCGUAAACACAUCGAGCGAUACCUCGGUAUCCGCUCACUUUACGCUGGAUGCCUCUAAUCCAUACGUUGAUCUUUCCAACAUGUCCGUGACGAUCGCGUGGACAUCCAGAGAAAUCAUUUCCUACGAUAAGCCGUGGCUGGCGCAAGAGAACAGCGGCAGUGUUGCGGUAUAUCCCAAGGACAAUCGGAUCUCCUUGCAUCAGCUGAAAUACAACGCCGUUUACAAUGUUAAAAUUACCGCUGACAGCGGUGAUGCCCAGACCUCUGUAUCCAUAACGUUUCAGACACCAGCGUGUGCUGAUCCCGACGGGACAUUGACGUAUUGUAAUGACGAGCAGACGGCCUUAGUUUCGAUUCGGGCGAGCAGUCCAGUGUGGAUCAUCAUCGUUGUGAUUAUUGUGGCGGUUUUUGUGUUGUGCGUGUGCUUUUUUGUUGUCGUGCUGAUUUACCGAAUGAGAGCCAGAUGCACUCGCAAACCGGUCCGGAGAACCGAGAGCCAGCAUCCACUGUAUACGACGCAGUAUUUAUCCGUUUUCGGGAAAGUUAACGAAUGCGCGCUCGAUAUCAACAUGGACAAAGCAUCUCUAUCCUCGCUUCAUAUGUGAUCCAGUUGGCUGGCUUUAUGUUGGUUUGCCACUUUGCCGCUUAAUUGUCAGCCUGUAUUCCAUAGUUUUUCCUUUUACCAGUAUUGCCUCAUGUGCAGCUAACACUAUAUCUGUGCAAUAGAUUCUUUUUUAUUGCAAUUUUCAUGUUUAUAAUUGGUAUUUGGUGGAAUCGGCUGUAUUUGAGCUUUUGACUUUUAUAGAUUAAAGCUUCUAAAACUACAAGACUGCGAGAUAC